GGCCCUACCCGCCCCCUCCGCCCCCUCCCGCGGCGCCAUGCGCAGACUCAGUUCCUGGAGAAAGAUGGCGACGGCCGAGAAGCAGAAGCACGACGGGCGGGUGAAGAUCGGCCACUACAUUCUGGGGGACACGCUGGGCGUCGGCACCUUCGGGAAAGUGAAGGUGGGCAAGCAUGAAUUAACUGGCCACAAAGUGGCUGUGAAGAUACUCAACCGGCAGAAGAUCCGGAGCCUCGACGUGGUUGGCAAAAUCCGCAGAGAGAUUCAGAACCUGAAGCUCUUCCGGCACCCUCACAUCAUUAAACUGUACCAGGUCAUCAGUACACCAUCUGAUAUUUUCAUGGUGAUGGAAUAUGUCUCAGGAGGAGAGCUAUUUGAUUAUAUCUGUAAAAAUGGAAGGUUGGAUGAAAAGGAAAGUCGACGUCUGUUCCAACAGAUCCUUUCUGGCGUGGAUUAUUGUCACAGGCACAUGGUGGUCCACAGAGACUUGAAACCUGAGAAUGUUCUGCUUGAUGCACACAUGAAUGCAAAGAUAGCUGACUUUGGUCUUUCCAACAUGAUGUCUGAUGGUGAAUUUUUGAGAACAAGCUGUGGCUCACCCAAUUACGCUGCACCAGAAGUGAUUUCAGGAAGAUUGUAUGCAGGCCCCGAGGUGGAUAUCUGGAGCAGUGGCGUCAUUCUCUAUGCCUUGUUAUGUGGAACCCUCCCCUUUGACGAUGACCACGUGCCAACGCUUUUUAAGAAGAUAUGCGAUGGGAUUUUUUAUACCCCUCAGUAUUUAAAUCCCUCUGUCAUCAGCCUGUUGAAGCAUAUGCUGCAGGUAGAUCCCAUGAAGAGGGCCACGAUAAAAGACAUCAGGGAACAUGAAUGGUUUAAACAGGACCUUCCCAAGUAUCUCUUUCCUGAGGAUCCAUCGUACAGUUCAACCAUGAUUGAUGACGAAGCCUUAAAAGAAGUGUGUGAGAAGUUUGAAUGCUCGGAAGAGGAGGUUCUCAGCUGCCUGUACAACAGAAAUCACCAGGACCCGCUGGCAGUAGCCUACCAUCUCAUAAUAGACAACAGGAGGAUAAUGAACGAGGCCAAAGAUUUCUACCUGGCCACAAGCCCGCCCGACUCUUUCCUCGAUGACCACCAUUUAACUCGGCCGCAUCCAGAAAGGGUCCCCUUCUUGGUCGCUGAGACACCCAGGGCACGGCAUACCCUUGAUGAAUUAAACCCACAGAAAUCCAAACACCAAGGUGUCCGGAAAGCGAAAUGGCAUCUGGGAAUUAGAAGUCAAAGCCGACCGAGUGACAUCAUGGCAGAAGUAUGUAGAGCAAUCAAGCAAUUGGACUACGAAUGGAAGGUUGUAAACCCCUAUUAUUUGCGUGUACGAAGGAAGAAUCCUGUGACUAGCACAUUUUCCAAAAUGAGUCUACAGCUAUAUCAAGUGGAUAGUCGGACUUACUUAUUGGAUUUCCGUAGUAUUGAUGAUGAAAUUGCAGAAGCCAAAUCAGGGACGGCUACUCCACAGAGAUCGGGAUCCAUCAGCAACUAUCGAUCUUGCCAAAGGAGUGAUUCCGAUGCGGAGGCCCCAGGAAAGCCUUCAGAAGUUCCUCUGACCUCGUCUGUGACCUCACUCGACUCUUCUCCUGUGGACUUAGCUCCAAGACCAGGAAGUCACACAAUAGAAUUUUUUGAAAUGUGUGCAAAUCUAAUUAAAAUUCUUGCACAGUAAUCCUAAAACUUUGCUUAUUUCUUUGAUGCAAUAAGCAUGCAAAAUAAAUAAUAGCCAAACCCUUCCACUUACCAAGUUAUAUAUAUACACAUAUAUAUAAUUAUAACUAAGGUUGGCCUUUUGAAAUGCAUUUUGCACAGGGAUUGGAAAAUGAUCAAUAAUUAAAAGCCUAAUGUGCAGAAAUGAAUUGGGACCAUUUUGUUGUCCCUUAUUCAAUAGGUACAUAUGGUAUAAUAUACACAGAAUGGAUUGCAGGACUCAAGCUCACUUGAUUUUUGACCAUUUUAAUUUGGUGUAACAGGGCUUUGUAGGCCAUAAAUUUACCAUAAAAGCCUUCACAUAUGUUGAUGUGUUUUAUAUGAAUUAUUUGUGUAGAAUCCCCAUAGACCUUAGGUGAUGCUGUUUUCUGGGCUCCUUAGCUUCUUAAAUAGCUACCAUUCCCAUUUCUGGUAACAUUGUGAAUGAUUUCCACAUCCUUCUUAAGAUGCUAUUUUGUGUGGUAAGUCAUAUCAGAUACAGACUCUAUUUAAAAAUUGUCUUUAGCUUGUAAGCCCGCAAACCCACAGAAUUUAUAUCUUCAGAAACACUGAGCCCUACGUUUACUUCUACAAUUUCCCCCUUAUGUUUUGUAUAUGAAGUGCUGCUUUGGAUCCUAGAGCCAAGUUGCUCACACUGUACUGAAUCAUGUUUUGUCGCUGUCACAGAGUUCUGGCUAUGAAGCUAGACGAUAUUGAAUGUCAUUUGAUUGUGUAUUUUUAAAAUUGAUUCAGUGCAUAGAAAGGACAUCUUUUAUAAGCUUUGAAUGCUUCAAUUGGAUUUUUAGCCCCUGAUUUUAUUCUGGACACGUUUUAAAAAAGAAAAAUGGAAAGAAUAUAGUGAUUGCAUGUAUAUCUACUACGUAGUUCCAACAACUACUGUUUGGCUUCAUUUGCCCUCUAGAUUCACGUAUAUACAAAAACAUAGAUAUGCAUAUAUGUUUGAAUGUGUAUAUGCUUUUGCUCUGAACCAUUGAGAUGUUAAGAUACACAUCCCAGCCCUCAGUACUUAAGCAUCUCUUAAAAAUAAUGAUAUCGUCUUUUAAGAAACUCUUGAAUCCAUUAUAAAAUCAAUAAUUUCCAGAUAGUACAGGGCCUUUCAUAUUUAUCUCUUAGCUGUCCAGAGUCCCAUUUAAGUUUACUGUCUGAUUUCAGUUGUAGCUCUUUAAUCAAGUUUAAUAAUAUUAUUUUGAAAAGGUAUAGAAGAAAUCCAUUCUUCAAAAUGGUCAAGUUUAUUUCAGGUUUUAAUUUUUUAAAAAAUUAGUGGCUAAGUAAGUGUAAUCUUUCUUAGAUCUCUGAUUUAUAUGCCUCUCCCUGUUUUAGUGAUGGCAUAGCAUAAUAGUUGUAAAUGAACAUUUAAAGUCGAGUAAGACAAAGCUGGUAUUUUAUGAGCUAAUAAUUAAUUUCAGAUUGUCCAUAUUUGGCUUCUUUCACAUUUAAGAAAUUUGGUCGGAGGCUCUAGUUCAGUGGUAGUGCUUGCCUAGGACAUAUCCAGCUUGUGGGUUUGAUCCCAGCAAUGAAAAAACUACAUUUUCUUUAAACAUUAAUCAUCUUCCCUUUGCAGGAGAGACAUUUCUUCCCCACUGCAUUCAUUUAAAAUCCCCCACCCCCAUAUCUGUUGAGCACUUAUGUAACCAGAUGGGAAUGAAUUUGAAGGUUGAUAGCCAGCAUAAAAGAUUACUCUAUAGUUUAUGCACUGAAUUCUGGACAAAAAAUAUGAUUCUUUUUGUUCAGGGCUUGUUUGAUUCAACUCCACUUUGAAUGCUGUAUAAAGUAAUGGAGACUCCAUUUAAAUGAGUUCCAAACUGUAUUUAUACCUUGUGUGUGUGUGUCCUUGGUUUGGGGUUUACUGAUGUCACUUAUGCUGUCCAAAUGCAGCAUUGUGUUCCCAAUGGGAAGAGCGGAAGCCUGUGUUUUUAAACUUAACAGAUUUGUAAAUAGAACUAAGUAAUAUCUCUAUAAACUGUUGGGGGGGGAGGAGGGGCACAAAAGGAGGAACCAAUUAAGUAGGACCUUCUACAAAUUGUUAAUUUUGUAAACUUUGCUUCUUUUAUAAGUUAUUCUGUGAUUCCUUUUAGUUACCGAGUUUUAUUUUGAAGAUAUUUAAAUAUUGCACUUGUAUAAAUAGUAUGAUGAAUGCAGACUGUUGCAGUCGAUUUUUUUUAAGCUAGGAUAUUUGAAAUGACAACUUUCAGUUAAGUAUGACAAGCUCGCAACAGAUUUUCACAAAUGUAUUGUAGUUUGCAGAUUCUUAUAUUGAAAAUGUAAGGGGAGUCAAUGCAAAUGAUUUUUAAUCUUUUUUAUUAUCUUUUCAGCAAUUUAUAUUUUUUUGUGAUUUUAUGCAACCAUAUUUUUUACUUUGUCUUGACAACUGAAAGCUGUAUAAGUUUUUUGCCAGAAAAGUACUGUAUACAUAGUUUUUAAAACAUAAUAGAUUUUGCUGAUAUGUAAAAAUUUUGCCAUUAAAAUUGAUUUCUCAUGAAAGGAACUUUUCUCCCAGGUCGGGAUGUGUGGGAACUUAAUAUAUCUAAUUUAAAACCGUUUCACUGAAAUAAACACCAUUGCUUUUCCUUUGAUUAUAUUUUUUCGUAAGAUGCUUUUGUAGUGUUUUGGAGUUUUAGAUAAUUUUAUAUAAAUUCUCUCCCUUCCUUGCGCCGUCCUUUAGAUCUUUGACACCAUUCACAAAUGAACCAAUAUGGCUGGGUGUGUAAGAUCUGUGUUCCAAGUGGCAUUUUGGGAAUGAAAGAAAGAACAUGUUGUCUAAAUCUUUCUUCUGCCUAACUCUUCCCCUCCACCUGUUCAUUGUGGGUUCUGCAAAGAUGGAUGAAAUUCCACACACAACUCAACACUAAGUUGUUUGUAGGGAGGAGUCAAUCUUUGUGGUUUAUGUAUGAUUGCCCAGAAUACCUUGAUUUAGAAAGAUGGCAUAAUAAAGAAAAAAAUUCAUUUUUCA